AUGGCAGUCACCCUCUUGCCUCUCCCGCCAUUUCCCUCUACGCGAGCCCGCGCGACCCUCUCGCCAUCUCAAUCAGCCGGACUCCUCCAAACCAUUUCCGGUGCCCUCUCACAGGUUUUGUCUCUCACCGACACGCAAAUCAACACCCCUGCUACCCUCACAUUCAUCUCAUCGUAUGCGAAAGACGGUGCUCAACAGUCUCUCCAAUCCCUCAUCUGGGGCACAGAUGACAGCCCCCCACGACUGAGCCAGACCGAGCGCAAGAUCCGCCAUGCAGUUUUCGUGCUCGCUGAACGCCUCGCACCCUUUGGCACACUAGACCUGCAAACUCUCGUGGACCUUAGCGUUGCCUACGCACGCGUUUCGCCCACGCGUAUCCGAGGCAUGUUCGCCUCGGCCUUUGUCCAAUCCCGCAAGGCUCCCGAACUCAUCGAACAAGCGCAGAAGAGUGCACUCCCCGCCUUCACCACACUCUUCUCUUCGCCCUCUCAAGGUCUGUAUGGCCUCCGCAAGACUGCCCAUAUCCUACUGUGUUUCCUUCGUCCCGCGCCCGCAGAGGCCACACGAAUCUUUGCGCGCAACACCGCGUUCAUGCGUGCCCUCGCGAACGCAUAUGACGCGGGGCUCGCAACGCUUGCGCAGACAUACGGAGGCGUUCGUGUGCUGUCCACGCUGAUUGCGGGUGGUGCGCCGACGCGCGAACUCGACGAGUGGGAGCGCCUUUUCCUCGAAACCAAGACGGCGCUCCUUGACACGUUCCACGUCCUUGUGCGCGUCCUGCUCGAUGACGUCGCCGAAGUCACUCAGGCCGGACCUGCGCUCGCCGCGCGGGCGGAACCGGCGUUCGAAGUCGUCUUUGGCCUCCUCGAUGUCCCCGCCAGCAGUGGAGGUCCGAUGGCGGACGGGGUCCCGCCGACCGCGUUUCUCAACCGUCCACUCCUCGCGGACUACCAGCACGCGUACAACUUCUCGCACACCUUGGCAGACGUCUUGCGCCGCACCGAGGACGCGCGCGCGGACCUCUUGGAGUCUUCGCUCCGUGCCAUGGCAGACAAUGUCGCGUCGGGCUCCAGCGCUGGCGCGCUGAAGCUCAUCAUCCGCUCCUCCGGGGUCCCGCCCGGCAUCGACAACCUCAGGCGCGAACCCGCUGGUAAGGCGCCACCCGGAGACACGAAGAGCAAGGGCAAGGCCACCAGCGGACAGCGGGUCGGCUCAUCCGUGGACGUGCCGGACGAGCAGCUCGAUAUCGCGCUCGCGCAGGUCUUGGACCUCUUCCCGGAUCAGGACUCAGGAUACGUGCGUUAUCUGCUCUCGCAUAGCGACUACCCGUACCGCGGGGACGCGGAGCGCCUCAUCGGCGCGCUCCUUGAAGGCACAGCCCCGUCCCAGGCGGAUGUGAAGGCGGCUAUGGCGAGGGAGGGUGCGGGCGUGCAGCUGGACGAGAAGCCAAGCGUGCAUGUCGAAUACUCUCUUACAAGUGAACGACGGAAUGUGUUCGACGAUGAGGCGAUGGAUCUGAGCAAGGUCAAGAUCGGGAAGAACAGCGAUGACGCACAAACAGUCCUGCAGGAUCGGUCGUUCAUCGAGCAGAUGAAAGCGGACAUCCUACGGCGCGCGGAAGAGAUUUCUGACGACUCGGACGAGGAAGACGAUGCCGGGGCCCAAGCAAUGGGCGGCGGCGGAAAAGGCAAAGGCCGCGCGGCCGCACUCGACGAUGACGAGCUCGACGAUGCUGACGUGGUCAAGGUGCGCGAUGGAGACGCAUCGGACGACGAGGAAGAUGAGGACGACGACGAGGCAGAGGACGCCGUGGAGGCACCACGCACGCCGGAGGCCAUACUUGAGCUCGCGUACAUCCGAGACGCGAAGCUGUUCGACCGCGAUGGGCAGACGCGGCGUAGCAAGGCGCGCGCGGACCUCAAGGCGCAAACAGGGAUGUCGGACGAGCAAAUUGAGGGCUGGCGGAUCAUGCUCGAGCGAGAUCCGAAGAAGAAAGAGAAGAUGCUUGCGAAGCACGAGUUCGCGGGCAAUAAGCCCCUCGCGUCUCCACCAGAAGCGGGUCCGUCCAGCGCGAAUUCGCGUGGCGGAGGCCAGGGCCAAGGCCAGCGUGGGCGCGGGGGAGGUCGCGGCAGAGGGAGUAGAGGGGGCAGAGGCCGUGGUGGCGGUGCUGGUGGACAGGAGGGAGGUGAAGGCGCGGACCGCGCGUGGAAGGACAAGAACAAGGCGAGCCGCGGGAACCACAACCGCAAGCGAGGCCAUGACAAGAAGAUGGCGAGGGUGGGCGGUCCGGGCUGA